UUGUUCCCAACAUGUCAGCUCCCGUGGAAAACGUGGUAUACUCAGGCAUUUCUAAAUUUUGGUGAAGUACCGGGUAUACUAGCUGAUUAGCAGAUGAGCAUUUGACAUAUGUCUUUAAACAGACUGUGUUAUAAUUUGUGGUAGAGUAUCCUGGUUAUCAAAAGAGCAAACGUUUUGGUCUGAGUAAUCAGUCUUCAAACGGACUCGGGACUGCAUGUGACGUCAAUGGUCAUUUUUACAAGCAAAAAUCGAGAAGUACAAAUUUGAAAAGAUGAUAACGGCCCGACGAUAUGACUUCUCCCCUAUUACAAGUUACAACAUUAGGUCAACACUACAGUACUGAAUAUUGUUGUCAGGGAGUAGUCGCGCCGAUGUAGCAGGGUAUAUACUGGUUAGGUACUUAGUAUUCUGAUAGUAAAAAAUCACAGUGUCAGUGAAAUGGAAAGUAUAAAAUUAAAGGAACCUGAAAGUGAAAGCAUUGACAUUGGCAUGGUAGACUCUGCCAGUGCCAAUGAAUGCACAUCAAAUGGCGAUGAAGAAGAGGCAAUCUCUGGCUCUCAUCAGCAAAAUACAGGCAAUUGUCCACGCAACAAUAAUCUAACCAUUGAUACUAAACCAGAGCUAGAGACGAACUGCGAUAAUAGUAUGGAUACUACUACUAGGGAUAGUACUGUACCACCAACUAAUACGAUAACUCAUGUGAAACUCGAUGGCAGGAAUAAUAAUGUUACCAGCAAAGAAGAUAUCUUGUCCAGCAGGAAUCAGGAUACUACUACUAGCGGUGGCAUUGCCUUCAGUGACACUAUUAUAAACAAAACACAAGAUCAUAUUCGUAGUAAUCUACCCAUGGAGAUGAGUGCUGUGGGACAGACCAUCGGCAAUGCAAGCUUGAUCAGCAAUAAAGAAGGAGAGAUCACCUGCAGUAGGAAUGAGCAAAGUUGCACGAAUGUGAAUGCUACAGGGACAGUUUUUGAAAAUGAGAUCCAUGUUCAGAAUCAUAAUGAUGGACUGCCAUCCAUCAGAAGCGUGUGUACAGAAGUGAAUAUGAGCAACACCGUUUCACACAAAUCAGAUAAUAGGCUUAACCCAUGUAGGAUUUCUCAAGAUGCAACUGAAACAAAUGUGAAUGAAUCCUCAUCUGACUCUGGUACAGAAGAUAGUGACAGUGACAGUAAUAGCAGCAAUGAUGAUGAAACCCCAAUUAUUGUAACAUUAGAACAAGAUUCUUUGAAGAGAAAUACUGGAGAUACUGAGCUACAAACUACUACCACUAUUAAUACUAUUAGUAUUGAUAGUUCUAGCUCAUCUGAUUCAUCAAGCUCUUCUUCUGAUUCCACUUCAAGUGAUGAUGAUGAAGUCCAAGAGAAACAGCAACUGCCAACUACCAAGGUGAAUAAGGGAAUGCCAGAUGGAAAAAUGGAACUGCUAGACGAAAUGCUACCUAUAGAUCUACCGCUAAUAGAAGAUUUGCAUAUCACGGUUGAUGAGUCAGUGGAGCUCAGACAUCUAGGACAAAUCUCGAGUGCAAUUAGCCUUCUGGUAGUUGUUGAAUCAUUGAAGGGUAUGCCUCCCAUCAAUGAGGAUUCUGUGCUGUUCUUGGAAGACCGAACACCUUUUGGAAAGGUGUUUGAGACAUUUGGUCCAGUAGCCUCAGCAUUCUACUCUGUGCGGUUCAACUUGCAAGAUGACAUUAAAAAUAAGGGUAUCAAACCUGGGAUGAAGGUGUAUUUCGCACCCCAGAAGGAGGAGUUUACAUCAUUUGUGUUCACUGCUCAACUGAGAGCGAUGAAAGGAACUGAUGCGUCAACUGAAUAUGACAAGGAGUUACCUCGAGAACUGCAGGAUUUUUCUGAUGAUGAACAGGAAAAAGCUGCAAAAUCAAUGUCUAUGGGUAGUCGAUCGAACAAGGACCCUGGAAUGAAGGGAGAUUCAGGAGGGAAGCAUGCAGAAGCAAAGCGAAGGAAGAUACGAAAGAACAGUCGGGGGUUAUCAAGGACGCUUCAGGGGAAUGGAGAUCAGCACCAGUCUAUGCAUGGUGGAUUUCCAGGCAAUUCUAUGAGCAGACCACCUUUACGAGGUGACAUGAGAGGGCCACCGCCCAUGAGCAUGAAUUUUCCGAGGUCACCACACAUGUUUCGGCCAAGGUUUCAGCCACGGCAGCACCAUCUGCAUCCUAGACAGCAAGUCCGACCACCUUGUGGUAGAUUUGGCGACCAAUACAACUACAGACCCCAGUCCCAAACAUGGCGACCACCACCACCACUACCACCGCCACCAGAUCAUCAUUGGCAUUCCGGUUUUCCAUUCGUGGCUGCGCCUUCAGAGAGAAGUAGGCAACCCCAGACUGGCUGGACCCCUCACCCAGGUGAUUCAUUCAGGUUUCCGAUGCACCCAGGAUCAGGAAUGCUAGAUCAGAACGUCAGAGAACUACAGGCCCCAGAUGCUAAAUUGCAUGACAUCACUGACAUGGCAAUGCAGUAUUACCAGAAUAGUUAACGGAAUUUACGUUGCAAACGAUUUUGUUGAAAAUUACUGCAUUUAGAGUAAUCGCUGAAUGACAAAACGAUGGGAUCGAGAGCGUAUUAAGAAGCUUCUUAAUAUGCUGUUAAGAGCUUCUUAAUAUGCUCUUGAUUGGAUGUAUAACAAUUCUUAAUGUAUGCAAUGUAUACACAGGCGUCGAAAUUUGCUAAAAAAAAAACACACUUGCGCAUGCCGCAAGUUAGGUUAAACAAUUACUUGCACCUACCUCUGUUGCCCUCCAAACUGGCAGUACCCCUUCCCUUCCUCCCUGUUUUAGUUUAUGAUUUAUUCUAUGUCUUCUGUGUCUUCCUGCUCUGAUUCAGAGUCAUUUACGCUUCAAUUUCGUACAGAAAUCAAAAUAAAAUGGGUCUGACUUCUAAAUACGUAAGUAGCUGGCAUAUUGUUGCUACGAAACAUCGCUCAAUUGCGUUCGGUGAAAAUCACUUGUGUUGCGCAAUCGCUAUAUAGCGAAUUUCGACUCAUACAUGUGUGGCAGAUUGUAUAAAAAUGUCAAAAUUAUAUGUGUAGUGAGUAUAGAAGGUAUGUAUAGGCAGAUUUGUUUUCACCUUGUUAAUCUUUGCUCAUAUUUUUAGAUCCAUUCCUUUAUGGAACUUGAUAGAUGCAGUAUAUUUUCUUAUUAUGACCAAGUUAUAUUUCAAUGCCAUUGUUUAGCUUAUAUUUCGACAGUGACAUGCAUAUAUUAUAAUUAUAUAUGUAUAUACUUUCCUUAAUGUCUAAGUGUAGUUUUUCAGCAACAAAUUAAUUGACGAUUCAACAAGGCUACAACCCUGAUUGUCAUGCAGGGGCAAACUUAACAAAUAUUGAAAUCGCAUAUGAUGUAAAUAUAUAACACCAAAAAAUGUAAAAGCCAAUUUAGCCAUAUGCCACAUUAAACAGUGUUUCGAGGGAGAUAUAGUGAUCCGCUAGAGGCGCCACCAUCCAAUGGCAUUAGCAUAGAUAUAAUAAUAUAACACAUGUGAAAAACGUGAAAAAAAUUGAGCCAUAAUACGGUCAUUCGCCUGCGAGUCUUCUAUUG